AUGCAGAUCGCCGGCGUUCUAUCAACUGCGCUGGCUGCCGCCGCCUUCUUCGCCAAGUCGGCCGUCGCAGCAGAUGUUCCAUCUAUCGUUAUCAAGGGGUCAAAGUUCUUCUACGAGAACAAUGGCACGCAGUUCUAUAUGAAAGGCGUCGCCUACCAGCAAGACUACAUUGCCAACGUUACUAACGCGGCAAGCUCGAACGCGAGCACAUACACCGACCCUCUCGCCGAUACCAACGCCUGCAACCGCGAUAUCCCAUAUCUCGUCCAGCUCGGCACCAACCUUAUCCGUGUCUACGCCAUUGAUCCGACCGCAGACCAUGACGGAUGUAUGACUGCUUUGGCCAAUGCAGGCAUCUAUGUCAUCGCUGAUCUGUCCGCGCCGGGUGACUCUAUCAUCCGAGAUAGCCCUUCGUGGAACGAUGACCUCUACGAGCGAUACACCUCGGUAGUCGACAACAUGCAGAAGUACACAAACACUUUGGGCUUCUUUGCCGGCAAUGAGGUUUCAAACAACAACACAAACACCGAUGCCAGUGCUUUUGUCAAGGCUGCCGUCCGGGACACCAAGGCGUAUAUCAAGCAGAAGGGAUAUCGCACUAUCGGAGUUGGCUACGCCACCAACGAUGAUGCUGGCAUCCGUGAGGACCUGGCCAACUACUUCGACUGCGGUUCUCCCGAAGAUGCUGUCGAUUUCUGGGGCUACAACAUCUACUCAUGGUGCGGAGACUCCAGUUACACCGAGUCUGGCUAUGACCAGCGUACCAAAGAGUUCGAGAACUUCAACAUUCCUGUCUUCUUCGCUGAGUAUGGCUGCAACGAGGUUCAGCCUCGUAUGUUCACUGAAGUGGCGGCUCUGUAUGGACCUGAGAUGGAGGGAGUGUGGUCCGGUGGCAUUGUCUACAUGUAUUUCCAAGAGGCGAACAACUACGGUCUUGUUACCGUUGACGGCAACUCUGUCUCAACUCUCGACGACUUCAACAACCUCGCCACUGAGAUCGCCUCUAUCUCUCCGACGGGCAUCAACUCAGCCAGCUACACUCCCACUAACACCGCUGCUGCCUCAUGUCCUGCAGUGGGCAGUGAUUGGCAAGCAGCCUCGGCUCUCCCACCAACCCCUAACGUGGAGCUGUGUGACUGCAUGUACAAGGCCUUGACCUGCGUGCCCAACAACGUUCCCACAGACAAGAUUGGCGAACUCUUCGGAAUCGCCAACGCUACAAGCGGCGACUAUGGCGCAUACGGCAUGUGCAACCCGCAGCAGCAGCUCGGCUGGGCGCUGAACGUCUACUACAACCAGCAAGGCGCCAAGGGCAACGCUGCCAGUGCUUGCGACUUCUCUGGCUCCGCAACUACUCAGUCCGCGACCAAGCCAACCGGAAACUGCGCUGCGCUGGUCUCUCAAGCCGGCCAGAAUGGCCAAGGCCACCGUGACUUCGGCACCUACGGCGGCAGUGGCAAUGGCGCAGCUAGCAUUUCGCACUUCAGCACAUUUGGCUUCACACCGAUUGCGCUGUACCUGGGCGUUGCAUUUGCGUCUGGCAUGGCCAUGAUCAUGCUGUAG